AUGCGCUGUGCGAAUCCUCCCGUGCGUGCGACCGCAAGAACGUGGGCCUUUGGGUCUCUACGAACACCUUCGCCACCCGUUCCGAUUCCUUCCAUGUGUGAGACUGGAAGCCUAAGCCGGAGCUGGAAACGUUGUUUGCCGCUGGUGGCCCUAGGAGGAGUGCAGACAAAGCGGGGCCGAAGGCAGCAGAGCUCAGAGAUCCGGCAUCCUGCGGAUCUUGAGGAUGAGGAGGCCUUGAGGCAGCUGUUCCAGUCUGCAUUGUCUGCGGCGGCUGGAAGCAAAGGCCUCCCCAAAAAGGAGUUCGCGGUCCUAUGCCAGUCUCUCCUGCACAUCGACCUCGAGUAUCGUGAGUUGGAGCGCAUCUUCGAGCUGGUGGUGACCUCUGAAGGGCGCCAAGUCAUGACGGAAGAUCACUUCGUGAAGACAGUUCAGCGGCGUUUCUUCUUGCGGGGCAUCCGACGGGUGGUGCAGCUUCCGGACGCGCAGCACCCGUCACUACCCAAAGAUUUCAACCUGGACAUGGACACGGCAGCGAACCACAGAUCCGACACGGAUCCAUUCGUUGGUCCUUACGCGAAGAUACGAGCGACAAGGGAUCACGUGUACCAUGGGCGCUACACGGUUGAUCGACAGAAUUGGCAAGACAGUGUCAUAGACACAGUUGUGCAAAGGACAGUGGAACAGGCACGCCCCAGGAUGGUUUUCACCUGUGGUGCAAUGGGUGUCGGUAAGGGCUAUGCGUUGGCCUGGAUGUCCCAGAAAGGUAUAUUCCCUUUGGAAGACAUCGUACACAUUGAUCCGGAUCACUUCAAGCAGGUGAUGCCUGAGUGGCCGGCAUUUCUUGAGUAUGGACGCGAGCGAGGGGAUCCUGACAUACCCGGCAAUCGCUGUCAUCGCGAGAGCUGCUACAUGCAAGAGCUUGCAUUGGAGGAGUCCAUGCGGCGAUCGCAGCACAUUUGGGUUGACGGGUCUUUGCGCAAUGCGGAGUGGUUUGUCAAAGUCUUCAGCGACAUUCGCCUGCGUUACCCAGCAUACCAGAUUGCGAUUUUCAAAGUCACGGCGCCGGAAGAGGUCAUCCGGAAGAGGGUCUCUGAACGCGCCAAGCAGACCGGCCGAAGCAUUCCUGAGAGUAUGCUGGUGGCAAGCAUCGGAGCUGUUGAAAGGUCAGUGCUGAUGUUGACUCCGCAUGCAGACUUCUUGGCCAGUAUUGACAACUCGGAAUCCACGCCGAAGCUCCAGUACUUCGCAGCAGUUGACCGCUCCGGCGACUGGCAACGCAUUGCGACGAGAUUUGCGCAUAUUCUGCCCGCAACAGAUGCAUUUCCAAAGAAGCUCUCACCAUUUUUCGUUUCGCAACUGGAAGUCUGCCCAAAGUUGCAGCUCCAGGAGCCCCUGAAAUGUCGCACCGACGGCGUGAACAGUUGCCAACGCGGCGUUUUAAUCAUGCGUGGCCUAAAUUUCGAAGUGAAGCUGUCCCCGUCAAUCCGUGUGACUCUGGACCCCGAGACACGCCGCGUUGCGAACAUCCACAAGGACGCUGUGGCGGUGGCGUAUCUCCAUCCACUAUCACGGGUUUCCGAGGUAGAAAUGGCAGAGCUCAGCUACGCCGAACGUCAGGUCCUCAAUUUGGGCGCUUUUGCCAACUUCAACUUGGAAGAUCAGCUCGUGGCUGUGAAUUCCGUGGCCUCAACCACACAGCAGCGUCAGCCUGCUCUGCUGGAGUUUGGCUCCGCCUAUCCCGUGUCCGAAGAAGAGGCAAAGUCUCUCCCAGAAAACAGAUGGGCGCCGCUAACGCUCCAGCACAUGAGGGAGGCUGGCGGUCAAAGGUUUGCGUUCCUCACGCCUCUGGAGAAGUUGGCCAGCCGCCGGGUGAGUGCCAACAGUGGGUUCUUAUUCGAAAUCCUGUCGAAAGGGGAGACAUCGUAUCUUUUCUUUCCGGUCAUAUCUUCAUUUAGCUAG